AGAGAAAUAAGCAUCUGAGGGGAGGAAUGAACAAAAUAUUUGUUUGUUAUCAGUGGACCUCUUUCUCAAGGUCUCCCUUGGCUCUGCAGAACUUCUGACACAACACGCCUCUUAGGAAGAGGUUCAGCCUCCCAGCUGCUUCACAAGAACACACCAGUGCAAUCAGAAGACACUAUACAAACAGACCUGAGCAAAGUCAACGGCAUCCCUUACCUGAGUAUUACCGGAGCCCAGGAGCACUGUUUUGGAAUGCCAAACUAGUAGGCAUCUAAAUUCACAAACACUUCUAAAACAACUUCCACCUAAGAGGAGAAACUAGAAGUCUGGUCAUCUGUUUUAUUAAAAGAGAAGAUGAUACAGAGGAUGGUCUCAUUGAUGAUGCUGUGCUGUUGCCUUGGUUGGUCCAUGCCACACACAGAUGGCAUGUAUGCUGGAUCUCAUUUCUGCUCAUUCAAUGGUACCACUCGCUUUUUCUUGUGUCUGGGCAACAAGAUUCAUGAGAUGCCAAGAAAUAUUCCAACAAAUACCACAUUUGUGGAGAUCAAACUGACUCAGAUCGGUGUGUUGCGACGAGCAGCCCUCUCUGAACUACAUGAGCUGAAGAGAAUAGUGGUGUCGGAGAAUGGUGCCCUUGAGGGAAUUGAAGCCUUUGCCUUCUCCAACCUGACGGAGCUACAGGAAAUAACUAUUACAAAAUCGAAAAAUCUUGUCAUUCACAAGGAUGCCUUCUGGAGACUUCCAAAACUGCGGUAUCUGUCUAUAUCCAACACUGGUCUUAAAAUCUUACCAGAUUUCUCCAAGAUCAACUCUGCUGUUCUUGAAUUUCUGCUCGAUCUACAAGAUAACAUGCACAUAGAGAGGAUUCCUAGUAAUGCUUUCCUCGGAUUGACCAGUGCCACCAUAACUGAGCUGAGAUUGACAAAGAAUGGUAUACGUGAGUUAGACAGCUAUGCAUUCAAUGGCACCAAAAUUGAAAAACUCUUUCUCAUGGGAAACCAGCAGCUGAGUCGGGUCCACAGUCACGCCUUUAUAGGAGCCGAAGGCCCCAUCGUUCUGGAUAUCUCACGUACUGCAGUCCACACCCUGCCGGAAAGCAUGCUGAGGACACUCAAGCUCCUGACGGCCAUCUCUGUCUACUCUCUCAGGAGGCUUCCUAGCCUGGAGCUGUUUACUGACCUCACGCAGGCCAACCUGACCUACCCCAGCCACUGCUGUGCCUUCAAAAACUUCAAGAAGUACAAGUCUGUAAAGAAUCAAAUGUGUAACGAUCCUGGUGCCCUCCACCUGGAGCCAUAUUUUUUCGAAGACUACUGUAAAGAUGUGAUUGAAGUGACGUGCUUCCCCAAACCAGACGCAUUCAACCCCUGUGAGGAUAUCAUGGGCUUUACUUUCCUACGAGUUCUUAUUUGGUUUAUCAGUGUGCUGGCCAUCGUGGGCAAUUGCGCUGUUCUCCUGGUGCUCCUCACCAGCCACUACAAACGGACUGUUCCUAGGUUUCUAAUGUGCCAUCUGGCUUUCGCAGACCUUUGCAUGGGUGUUUACCUGUUGAUUAUCGCCAUCAAGGACAUCCAAACCCAGUCGGACUACUACAAUUAUGGUAUCGAUUGGCAGACAGGAGCAGGGUGCCAUGUGGCAGGCUUCUUCACUGUAUUCUCCAGCGAACUAUCCGUCUACACUCUGACUGCCAUCACACUUGAGCGCUGGUACACCAUCACUUAUGCCAUGGAGCUGGAACGCCAGCUCCGUCUGCAUCAUGCCUGCACAGUUAUGGCUGCAGGCUGGCUUUUUGCCCUGCUCACUGCUCUAAUGCCCAUAUUGGGAGUGAGUAGCUACAGCAAGACCAGCAUCUGCCUGCCAAUGGAUGUGGAAACUGUGCUCUCACAGUGUUACGUGGUGCUGUUGCUCCUCCUCAAUGUAGCUGCUUUUCUGGUUGUUUGCGUCUGUUACCUGCGCAUCUACCUGACCGUCCGCAAUCCUGCCUUUGUUCCUGCCAAUGCGGACAUGCGCAUAGCCAAACGUAUGGCAGUGCUUAUAUUUACGGACUUUCUGUGCAUGGCGCCCAUCUCUUUCUUUGCCAUUUCUGCAGCCUUAAAACUACCACUUAUCACCGUCUCUCAUGCCAAAUUCUUGCUGGUGUUCUUUUACCCCAUAAAUUCCUGCUCGAACCCUUUUCUCUAUGCGUUCUUCACCAGGACCUUCAAAAGGGAUUUCUUCAUUCUGACUAGCCGAUUUGGCUGCUUUAAAACCCGUGCCCAAAUUUACCGCACAGAGAUCUCUUCAUGGCAAAAUGGAGCCAUGGUGCCUUCACCUAAGACUAGUGAUGGAACACUGUACUCCCUGGUGCACAUGGCCCAAGUGCACUGAUCCAUAAUCCAGGUGUGACCAGCUGAGGUUUUAUGCUGCUUGUCCCAGCAGGCAAAAUGAGGAAAAAUAAGGAAUAGAAUGGAAUCCUGCUGUGGACACAGAUUGCUGAUAUGAAAUUCUGGAAGGUUUUUACAGCGUGAAAUAAGGUAAUGUUAGGCAUCUCGUUCCAAUGGAAAUUAUAUUGCGAACAAGUGCUUGUCCUCUCCUAAAAGAUUCAGAUCUCAUUAGAAGUACUACUUACACCAUUCACAAGAUGCUGCUUGAUUGACAUUUGACAUGUCCUGCAUGAAUUAGUGUACGAAAUUAAGAAUUGGUAGUAUGUAUAAUGUAGAUCUCCUAAUCUUUCAAUUAUCAUGUAGCACUACAUAUUAUAUAAGAUGCCUUCUAUAGUGUUAUUGUCUCUCUCCAGUAACUGUACAAAAGUGUUUUGUCCAAUUUAAACAGUUCAUCUAAAAUGUUUUCAUAAUUUUCUCACCCUCAUGUUGUUCCAAACCUGCAUGACUUUCUUUUUUCCAUAGAACACAAAAGGAGUUGUUAAACAGAAUGUUAGGGAAUGAUGGCAUCAGUCACCAUUCACUUUCAUUGCAUCUUUUUUCCAUACAACGAAAGUGAAUGGUCACCGAGUCUGAACAACAUUAUGCCUAAUAUCUCUUUUCUGUUCCAUACAGAAAAGAAAGUAAUAGAUCAUCAUGAGGGUUACUAAAUGAGAGUAAAUUGUCACUUUUGGGUGAACUAUCCCUUUAAGGCUUGUAACAAAGCAGUCCACUGCACUGUAACUGAUCGCUUAAUGCAGUAUCUGGUUGCAGAGGGACAACCCACUGAAUAAGGCAUUCAUAUAUGAUUUUUAAUGUGCUUAACCAUGAGUGUGUUUGUAGAUGUGUUUAUUUUUUAACUUGGUAAUCAUAUAAUUAAAAUCAGAUUACAAUAUCAAAACCGCCAAGUCUGAUGAAACGGUUUUAAAAAGGGAGGGGAUUGUCUAUUGCAUUAAGUUCUCAUGCGUCUUUAAACUGAGAAGACAUUUAUAGCCCUUGCCGUCACCCCCUUAUCGCAAAUAUUCCAGUCCUUUAGCAGAGGAAUGGUCUGUUCAAGGUCACAAUAACCUCGCUGGCCAACCACAGUAUGAGAGAGGUCAAUAGAACAUGCAAGAGAGAGUUAACCGGAAUGGAAUUAUGGUUCAUCUGAUGGAUCACAGUUUCUUCCAUUUCUACAGUUUUCUUUAGAAUCCUACAGUAUAUCUUGCUCAUAUAAAUUCACAUACCCCAUGCAGAAUUUGCAAGAAGCUUGUUUUGUACUGCCCAAACGAAGCUAUUUGACAUAAAUAUUUACAUAUACGGCACAAAACAAAAUAAUAACUGGAAUAAAACAAAUUAUCCUGUUCAAAAGUUUACAUACACUUAGCUCUUAAUAUCAUGCGUUGCUUCCUCGAGCAUCAAUGACUGUUUGUGAUAGUUGUGCAUGAAUCCUUUGUUUGUCUUGUGGAAUAUAUUUGUAUAUCUAGUAUGUAGCUUCUUCAGAACAGUACUAAAUAAAAAAAAAGACAAUGUUUAUCUUCUUUUUUUUUUUUUUAACGUCUUAUAGAUUCUGCAAGGGGUAUGUAAACUUAUGAGCACGACUUUGAAGCACAACUCUGUUCACAACUAUUCAAGCCUGUUCUCUUCAUUCUGUUCUUAUCUUUGCACCUGCCAUAAUGUUUAAGCACUGAGACAGAGAGCUGUUGUUCUGCUGAAGUUUUUUAGGCAGUGAUGUUUGCCUCAAUGUUUGAGGGAAAGGGUGGGAGUGGUCUUGUGUGUGACAGUUGCAGCAGCUGUUCUACACGGCACCCUGAACUCAAACCUUACAUGGGCUGAGGAAGACCAAAAAGAAGAGGAAUCUGCUAUGAAGAUAUGGCUCAUGUAUCAAGGCCAGGAGUUCAAUGCUGCAAGUCAAGGGAACAGUGGACAGCGAGAAAGCCACACACAGAGAAGGCAGAGGGCAGGAGAGUUGCACUCAUUGUAACGUGUGGAACAUUUAUGUUAAUUUCCUCACUUUAAGGAGAUAAUCAUUACUUAAAAAAAAAACAAAUGCAUGCCUGUGUUCAACCAUACUUCGCUCCCAUCUACAAAAAGUACCAUCCUUUUAUUAUAGUGGAUUUAUUACACUUUCACAUUCUUCUUUUGUUUUUGGCGAUUCACAUUUUUUGUGCAUAUCACCACCUUCUGGACAUGGUGAAGAAUUUAUAGUAAAAAAAGGACCUAAAAAUAUAUCUGUUUCUCACACACACUUAUCAUAUCACUUCUAAACAUAUGCAUUGAACCACUGGAGUUUUAUGGAUUACUUUUAUGCUGCCUUUAUGUGCUUUUGGAGCUUCAAAAUAACCCAUUCACUUCCACUGUAUGGACCUACAGAGCUGAAAUAUUCUUCUAAAUAUUUUUUUGU